CUUCUAGGAGAGCUACUGCUAGAUAGGCAUAACUUCACGAUCAUGAAGAAGUACAUCAGCAAUCCAGAAAACCUCAAGAUGAUGAUGAACAUGCUGAGAGAGAAAAGUAAAAACAUACAAUUCGAAGCCUUCCACGUAUUCAAGGUGUUUGUGGCGAACCCGGACAAACCGAAACCCAUCCUCGACAUUCUGCUGCGCAACAAGGAGAAACUCAUUGAGUUCCUCACCAAGUUUCACACGGACCGGACAGAGGAUGAACAGUUUAAUGAUGAGAAGGCCUACCUAAUUCGCCAGAUCAGGGAGCUGAAGCCGCUAGACGACUAGCCCGGCAAGCGACGAUAACCGACGGCAACCGCCGACGACUGACGGUAACCGACGGCAACCGCCGACGACUGACGGUAACCGACGGCAACUGCCGACGACCGACGGUAACCGACGGCAACAGUAACUGGCUGUAAGCGGUGGUGAGCGUAUUGUGUUAUUGAUGCCGGCGGAGGUGAGAGGGCGGAAAUCACGACCCGUGCGACCGAAAUGCUAGAAGGUCUUUAUAAUGGCUGUUCUCUUGUCACAUAUCCUCGUUGUGCGACGUCUCCGCGGUGUGAGGGGUUCCUGCCACGCCUGAUUCAGGUGGAAUGUAGACACACACACGCACACAUACAUACAUACAUACAAUACACUUGUGACACCAAAUAUCUUACAGCUAAACUUUGAAGCUACUCUGAGAGAAAUACUCGUGUCCGAGACAAACGCUUCCUUUUAGAUGCUAUUCGCUCAAAUUUAUGCGCUAAGUAACGGUGUAUGGAGAGUGUGACGGUGGUGUAGUAAGCGGGUGUUUCCGUGAAUGUUCAUGCAUGUGAUGGUGGUUCCUAUGUGCACAUAACUUCUUUAGUUGAGGAUGACAUCUGUAGCAACGCGUCACGCACGUAUAAUAUAUCGUACUGUAAUAGGUCUCGGCUUCACUACACAUAAAUAUACCGACGUCCGACGCGGCGGCGCGGAACCUAGAGGCACGCCAUUGUGUAUUGCAGCGACGCGUCGGAUCGGCUCACGUAAACGCGCUGUCCACUUGUUACGUACGACGUCACGUGACUACAUUGUUGCGUCGUAACGUCGCACAAGCGUGCGGAAAGGUUCGGUGGUGACUGUGUAUCGCGUGGCGUAUAGCCUGAGAUCGGUGUGUGCAGCACUGACAUCGUUGCUCGUGAUGACACGCCCUGUAGAGGGCGCUCCUAUCUAGCACUCGCUACUCGACGUGACAGCUGUGUUUUUCCCAUAGUAGGAAUGGUUUAUCCACCCACCUCCAUCCACCUUGUGAUGCCUAACUAACAGCUAACGCACGGGGGUACGUAGCC